ACACUCCUCUUCUCUACACGGAUCAUCAGCACACUGCAGCAAUGACAGACGCUAAACUUGGAGAAUGGAGCCCAGUGCAGCAGAUCACUCAAGAGGAGAAAAAGAUUUUCUUUGAGGUGAAGCCAAUGAUAGAGAAGAUGGCUAAAAGGGAGUUUAAGAUUUACUUUCCUACAGUCUAUUCUUCUCAGGUUGUGGCAGGAAUGAAUUACAUGGUCAAGGUGUUGGUUGAUGUAUGUGGAGAUGGAAUGUGUGUUCAUGCAUGGAUAUUUCAGCAACUUGGAGGGGAACUGAGUGUGAAAGACAUCCAGUACCUGAGUGUUUAUGACCCGCUGGUACCUUUUUAACGCAAGAAAUAAUCUUUAUCUAAUAACAGAUACAUGCAGUGAGUUUCCAUACUGUACAGAGGAACUAUAAAUCAUUUCAUUCCUCAAUAAUAAACUCCAAAAUCAAA